AUGAUAAGUAGAAUAUUCAAGAGAAAUAUGUCUACAUCUUCACUCAAUAACUUAUCAACUAGUCAAAAUUGGCCUGCUUCAAAAGUAAGAACUACUUUUUUAAAUUAUUUCAAAGAUCAAAAACAACAUACUUAUGUUCCAUCAUCAUCUGUAGUACCUCAUAAUGAUCCUACAUUAUUAUUUGCAAAUGCUGGUAUGAAUCAAUAUAAACCAAUAUUUUUAGGAACUGUUGAUCCUUCAAGUGAUUUCGCAAAUUUAAAAAGAGCUGCAAAUUCUCAAAAAUGUAUAAGAGCAGGAGGAAAACAUAAUGAUUUAGAAGAUGUUGGUAGAGAUUCUUAUCAUCAUACAUUUUUUGAAAUGUUGGGAAAUUGGUCAUUUGGAGAUUAUUUUAAAAAGGAAGCAAUUAAAUAUUCAUGGGAAUUAUUAUUAGAUGUUUAUGGAUUACAAAAAGAUAGAUUAUAUGUUACAUAUUUUGAAGGAGAUUCAAAACAAGGGUUAGAACCAGAUUUAGAAGCUAAACAAUUUUGGUUAGAUGUUGGAGUUGAAGAAGAUCAUAUUUUACCAGGAGAUGCAAAAGAUAAUUUUUGGGAAAUGGGAGAUCAAGGUCCUUGUGGUCCAUGUUCUGAAGUUCAUUAUGAUAGAAUUGGAGGUAGAAAUGCUGCUUCAUUAGUUAAUAUGGAUGAUCCAAAUGUUUUAGAAAUUUGGAAUAUAGUUUUCAUUCAAUAUAAUAGAGAAGCUGAUGGUUCAUUAAAACCUUUACCAAAUAAACAUAUUGAUACAGGUAUGGGAUUUGAAAGAUUAGUUUCAAUUUUACAAAAUAAAUCUUCAAAUUAUGAUACUGAUGUAUUUACACCAAUUUUUGAAAAAAUAAGAGAAAUUACAGGAGUAAGACCUUAUACUGGUCAUUUUGGUAGUGAUGAUAAAGAUGGUAUUGAUACUGCUUAUAGAGUAAUUGCUGAUCAUGUAAGAACUUUAACAUUUGCUAUAUGUGAUGGAGGUGUACCGAAUAAUGAAGGAAGAGGUUAUGUUUUAAGAAGAAUAUUGAGGAGAGGAUCACGAUAUGUUCGUAAAUAUAUGAAUUACCCAAUUGGUACUUUUUUUCAACAAUUAGUUGAUGUUGUUAUUGAACAAAAUAAAGAAAUUUUUCCAGAAAUUGAAUCUGGAUCUCAAGAUUUAAAAGAGAUUUUAAAUGAAGAAGAAUUAUCAUUUGCUAAAACUUUAGAUCGUGGUGAAAAAUUAUUUGAACAAUAUGCUAUAAUUGCUUCUAAAACACCAGAACAAACAUUAUCAGGUAAAGAUGUAUGGAGAUUAUAUGAUACUUAUGGUUUUCCAGUUGAUUUAACUAGAUUAAUGGCUGAAGAAGCUGGAUUAAAAAUCGAUGAAGAAGGAUUUGAAGUUGCUAAAGAAGAAUCAAGAGAAGCUUCAAAAGGAAAUGGUUCAAAAAAUGCAUCAAAUUUAGUUAAAUUAGAUGUUCAUGCAUUAUCUGAAUUAGAUGGUAAAAAAAUACCAAAAACUAAUGAUGAAGCAAAAUAUGGACUUGAUAAUAUUAAAGCUCAAAUAUUAGCCAUUUAUGAUGGAAAUGAAUUUCUUGAAUCAAUUGAAUUUAAUAAUAAUGAAUCAAAACAAUAUGGUAUAUUAUUAGAUAAAACUCCCUUUUAUGCUGAACAAGGUGGUCAAGAAUAUGAUACAGGUAAAUUAGUAAUAGAUGGUAAAUCUGAAUUUAAUGUUGAAAAUGUUCAAGUUUAUGCUGGUUAUGUUUUACAUACUGGUUAUUUAACAGAAGGAAAAAUUUCAGUUGGUGAUGAAAUAAUUGCAGCAUAUGAUGAAUUAAGAAGAUGGCCAAUAAGGAAUAAUCAUACUGGUACUCAUGUUUUAAAUUAUGCAUUAAGAACAGUAUUAGGUGAAGGAGUUGAUCAAAAAGGUUCACUAGUUGCAAGUGAAAAAUUAAGAUUUGAUUUUAGUCAUAAACAAGCUUUAACAUUAAAAGAAUUAGAAGAAGUUGAAAAAAUUUCAACUCAAUAUAUUAAAGAUAAUAAACAAGUUUAUUAUAAAGAUGUUUCAUUAAAUGACGCAAAGGAAAUUAAUGGAUUAAGAGCUGUAUUUGGAGAAACUUAUCCAGAUCCAGUAAGAGUUGUAUCUAUUGGUAUACCAGUAGAAGAAUUAUUAAAAGAUCCUAAAAAUGAAGAAUGGAGAUCAUUAUCAAUUGAAUUUUGUGGUGGUACUCAUGUUCAAAAAACAAAUGAUAUUAAAGAUUUAGUUAUAACUGAAGAAUCAGGUAUUGCAAAGGGUAUAAGAAGAAUAGUUGCAGUAACAGGUCAUGAUGCUCAUCAAGUGCAACAAUUAGCCAAUGAAUUUGAAACAAAAUUAAAUGAAGUCGAUUCAUUACCAAAUGGUUCUGAAAAGGAAAAUAAAGUUAAAGAACUUGGUGUUGCAUUAAAAAAAUUAUCAAUUUCAGUAAUUGAUAAACAAAAAUUAACUGAAAAAUUUAAUAAAAUAGAUAAAUCAAUAAAAGAUAAUUUAAAACAAAUUCAAAAAGAAGAAAAUAAAAAGACAUUAGAUAUAGUCAAAAAUUGGCUUAAUGAUGAAAACAACAAUAAUUCAAAUUAUUUAGUAUCUCAUAUUCCAAUAAAUGCAAACGCAAAAGCAAUAACAGAAUCAUUUAAUUUAAUUAAAAAACAAGAUAAAUCAAAAUCAAUAUAUUUAUUAACUGGUGGUUUAAAUAAUGGUGAUAAAAUUGCUCAUGGUUGUUAUAUUAGUGAUGAAGCUAUAAAUAAAGGAAUAAAUGCAAAUGAAUUAUCUAAAUUAGUAAGUCAAGAAAUUGGUGGUAAAGCUGGUGGUAAGGGAAAUAUUGUUCAAGGUAUGGGAGAUAAUUCAAAGGGGAUUGAAAAAGCUAUUGAAUUAGUUGAGAAAGAAUUUAAGGAAAAAUUAUAA